AUGGACCUCGGUUGGCCUCGGGCUCUUUGGAAAUUCGAACACUUGCUGAUCUGUCCUCGGAGGCAGGCGAAGCGAUGUCAACAUUUUGGUACGAAGUUGAGUGUCGUCUGUCGUGAAAAUUUUUUGAAACUUCCUUGGCUAUUUUUCCAUAUUCUUUGGAGUUACAGUGCAUGGGAAUUACUACAAGAGAAUGUUCUAGGGGAGACGACGGGAGGAUGUAGGGAUGGUGAAGAAAGCGCAGAACUGGGGCUUAAGGCAACUAUACCACUAGCUGCCGCAGCCCUCCAAAUGGCUCGCAUCCCUGCCGUGUACAUCACUGAUUAUGACCAAGAUCCCCUUCAGGUGGAGCCUUAUUGGGAACCCUAUUAUACGCUGACGAAUGAUGUGGCUGGCGGAGACUCAUCCUCGGAGGGGUGCGGGCGCCUGGGUGUGGGCCUGGAGGAGGAGGGCGAGAUGGCGGCAGCGCCCUUCAAGCAGGUGGUGGUCGGGAUCUGUGCCAUGGAGAAGAAGUCCGGGUCCAAACCCAUGAAGGAGAUCCUGACGCGGCUGGAGGAGUUUGAGUACCUCAGGCCUGUUAUCUUCCCCGAGGAGGUCAUACUCAAGGAACCUGUAGAAAAAUGGCCGGUAUGUGACUGCCUCAUCAGCUUUCACUCAAAGGGCUUCCCACUAGAGAAGGCCCAGGCAUAUACAGAGCUGCGUAAGCCAUACAUCAUUAAUAAUCUUGAUAUGCAGUAUGACCUCCAGGACAGAAGAGCUGUGUAUAGCACAUUACAAAGAGAGGGGAUUGAGUUACCAAGAUUUGCCAUUCUUGAUAGAGAUUCCAAAGAUCCUUCUAAACGGGAACUGAUUGAAGGUGAGGAUCAUGUGGAGGUAAAUGGAGUGGUGUUCAACAAACCAUUUGUAGAGAAGCCUGUAUCUGCUGAAGAUCACAACAUCUACAUCUACUAUCCUACUUCAGCAGGAGGAGGAUCCCAGAGGCUGUUCAGAAAGAUUGGUUCUAGGAGCAGUGUCUAUUCUCCAGAAAGCAGAGUUAGAAAAACUGGGUCAUAUAUAUAUGAAGAUUUUAUGCCCACUGAUGGAACAGAUGUAAAGGUAUACACAGUAGGACCUGAUUACGCCCAUGCAGAGGCACGGAAAUCGCCUGCACUGGAUGGAAAAGUUGAAAGAGAUAGUGAAGGGAAGGAAGUUAGAUACCCUGUGAUAUUAUCCAAUGCAGAAAAAUUAAUAGCAAGAAAAGUGUGUAUUGCAUUUAAGCAGACAGUGUGUGGGUUUGAUUUAUUAAGAGCAAAUGGAAAGUCAUAUGUAUGUGAUGUAAAUGGGUUUAGCUUUGUCAAGAACUCCAGCAAAUACUACGAUGAUUGUGCAAAGAUUCUUGGCAACAUGAUAUUGCGUGAACUAGCACCAACAUUCCACAUCCCUUGGGCUAUUCCUUUCCAGCUAGAUGACCCUCCUAUUGUACCUACAACCUUUGGGAAAAUGAUGGAACUGCGAUGUGUGGUUGCUGUUAUCAGACACGGUGACAGAACACCCAAACAGAAGAUGAAGAUGGAAGUCAGGCAUCCCAAAUUCUUUGAGCUCUUUGCCAAGUAUGAUGGUUAUAAAGAUGGUCAUGUCAAGCUGAAGAAGCCCAAACAGCUGCAAGAGGUGCUGGACAUUGCGAGGGGUUUGCUGGCAGAGAUCGAGCAGAACCGAGCAGACCCAGAGACGGAAGAGAAGAAGGGGAAGCUGGAGCAGUUGAAGAGUGUCUUGGAAAU